AUGGGCGUCGUAAGCGUCCUGGGCCCUGCUGGGAGUCUGGUGAGCCUGAUCAAUGCGACUGGAGCGCUUUCCAAAGAGUUGUACUGUCUUGCACGUGGGGUUAGAGCAGCUAGAAAGGAUAUCCGAAAGUUUGCUCGCAAGCUGUCUAUGUUUUCGUGGUCUUCGAAUGAGGCGUGUGCUUGCCUCCUCCGACAUUAUUCAAACGAGACUGGUCUGGACACGCUCUCAAAUGCCAAGAAGAAACGGUUUUUAAAGCGUGCCGAAGAGUCCGCAAGGGAGAUAUUGAAGGAUGUCGAAAAUAUUAGUCCGCGCAUACUGGCAAUGGAGCCUUCCGGAAUCGAGCUCACUCUGAUUUCGAAAAUCAAGUGGUAUCAAAGAAAGUCGGAAGUCCGCGACCUGACUUUCGAAAUGAGUGCUUUGCAAACAUCGCUUGCUCUCUUGAUGACCACGGUGACUUAUGAGGUACAAAUACGGAACGGGGCAGAUCCGGAGACCUUGGCCAUAACGAUGGCACAUAUUACCAACUUUAUUGAAGGAGCAGAAGUUAUGGCUGCAAAGUUUGAGAAACUCUCAAAUGCCCAGCGUGCAACAGACAAGACACUACAGCGCCUUGGCUUGCUAGUGGAGAAUGUGAUAAACGUUGCCGAUAAGCAGUUAGAUGAUGCGAAUGAAGCAAGGGAAGCUACUGGAUUAUAUGAACCAGGCUGUUGGGUGUACAAAAAAGAACCGGCUCCAACCGCUCAUGUGUUUACAAGCCCGAGGCGCCCAAGAAUGAAGACUCGGGUCCAGAAAGAGCGCCCUGGCUCUCCUCAGCCGCCGUCACCUCCUAAUGAUACGAUGCCUAUCAUCAUUGCUACGGGUAGCCAAGGAAAAGGCAAAGAGCGACGAACGGACCAUGGACCUCCAGAAGCUUCUUCCUCAAGAGGUAUGCAAGAGUCCCUUGAGUCCAAUAGGUUCGAUUCGCAUAAUGCUGGCAACAUUAUAGUCUCUAAAGACGUUCGCUCAACACAGCCACCAAGCACUCGUUUUCCCGAAGGAGCGGACCUGAAAUAUUGCAUUGCCCCAGGUGCUUCAGACGACUAUGAAGAGGUCAAUGGCAAAGUCUCUAAAGAAAUGAGCAGAAAUUCUAAAUCUUUAAGUCGAACCAUCACGGCUAGGGUAUAUGCUAACUUUAGCGUGAACGCCGUGUCCCGAGACUUCGUUGAGAAGUUGGGGCUGGAGAUCACUGUCCUCUCCGACGAAUUUUUCGUGGAAAUGUUGUCUGAUAUUGGAUCGACUCAGGCGCGAGUCAAUGAUACCGUUGGCGAAGUUACGUUUAAAUGGCAUACUCCUGCACAUAUUCUCGAUGUCCCUUGCACGGUGUUCGAACAAGAGAUUGUACCGGGCGUACCUCUCGCUUUGGGAAAACCCUAUGUGCAACAGGUAGAAGAGGCAGGUGGAGUAGUCAGGGGAGAAAGCUCAAGAGCUGGUGCAGAUUCGUAA